UAAGAGCAGUCGCUGGCGCUGGGAGGCAUCAGAGACACUGCCCAGCCCAAGUGUCGCCGCCGCUUCCACAGGGCUCUGGCUGGACGCCGCCACCGCCGCUGCCACCGCCUCUGAUCCAAGCCACCUCCCGCCAGGUGAGCCCCGAGAUUCUGGCUCAGAGAGGUGUCAUGGGCUUCCAAAAGUUCUCCCCCUUCCUGGCUCUCAGCAUCUUGGUCCUGUUGCAGGCAGGCAGCCUCCAUGCAGCACCAUUCAGGUCUGCCCUGGAGAGCAGCCCAGCAGACCCGGCCACGCUCAAUGAGGACGAAGCGCGCCUCCUGCUGGCUGCACUGGUGCAGGACUAUGUGCAGAUGAAGGCCAGUGAGCUGGAGCAGGAGCAGGAGAGAGAGGGCUCCAGCCUGGACAGCCCCAGAUCUAAGCGGUGCGGUAAUCUGAGUACUUGCAUGCUGGGCACAUACACGCAGGACUUCAACAAGUUUCACACGUUCCCCCAAACUGCAAUUGGGGUUGGAGCACCUGGAAAGAAAAGGGAUAUGUCCAGCGACUUGGAGAGAGACCGUCGCCCUCAUGUUAGCAUGCCCCAGAAUGCCAACUAAACUCCUCCCUCUCCUUCCUAAUUUCCCUUCUUGCAUCCUUCCUAUAACUUGAUGCAUGUGGUUUGGUUCCUCUCUGGUGGCUCUUUGGGCUGGUAUUGAUGGCUUUCCUUGUGGCAGAGGAUGUCUCAAACUUCAGAUGGGAGGAAAGAGAGCAGGACUCACAGGUUGGAAGAGAAUCACCUGGGAAAAUACCAGAAAAUGAGGGCCGCUUUGAGUCCCCCAGAGAUGUCAUCAGAGCUCCUCUGUCCUGCUUCUGAAUGUGCUGAUCAUUUGAGGAAUAAAAUUAUUUUUCCCCAAAGA